AACCAUGAGGAAGAGUAGAGGCAGGCAAAAGGUUGAGAUGGUCAAGAUGCCUAAUGAGAGCAACCUCCAAGUCACCUUCUCCAAGCGUCGCUCCGGCCUCUUCAAGAAAGCUAGCGAGCUCUGCACCCUUUGCGGUGCCGAGAUUGCCAUCAUCGUCUUCUCCCCCGGGAAGAAAGUCUUCUCCUUUGGUCACCCUUGUGUCGAGGCUCUUAUUGAACGCUUCGUCACUCGAAACCCUCCACCGAGCUCUGGUACACUUCAAUUGAUCGAAGCUCAUCGGAAUGCUAAUGUUCGUGAACUAAAUGCACAAUUGACUCAAGUGUUGAACCAUUUGGAGAUGGAGCGGAAACGGGGCGAGGAGUUGAAUAAAUUACGAAAGGCUAAUCAGCCGCAAUGUUGGUGGGAGCUUCCUAUCGAAGAAAUGGAAUUGCAUCAACUCGAACAACUUAAAUUGUCGUUGGACGAGCUAAAAAAGAAUGUUACGCAACAAGCUGAUCGGAUUUUGAUUCAAACCUCCAAUGGCAACCCGCCCCCGCAAUUCUUCCCGACUCCGACGCCUGCAAACCCAAACCAACAAGGCGGUGUCUAUGUCGUCGAUCAGAAGAACAUGAUCUCUCAUCUUCCCUACAACUAUGGCUCCUAUGGAUCAAGAGGUUUCUUUUGAAGAACAACAAAUAACUUUGGGUUAUGCAAAAUAAAUCAAUGUGUUUCAAUGUAUACACAGUUUCAAA